AUGGCCUCCGAUUAUCAAAACGCCGAAAAAACCACUCUACCAUACGCAAUAGACCUUGUCAAGCAAUCAGGUGUAGCUUCUUCUGCCGGACCACUCACCAUCCUUGACCAGGCCUGUGGCACAGGUGUUGUGGCAGUCGCCCUUCACGAUGCGCUUCGCAACUUUGAAAAGAAUUGGCGCUUGACAUGCACUGAUGUAUCAACCUCAAUGGUCACUGCAGUCCAAGAACGGAUCCAGAAAAACGGCUGGGAAAAUACCGACGCGGCGGUCUCGGACGUCCUGAAAACGGGCUUUCCUGAUAACCAGUACACCCACGUCUUUGGCGCAUUUAUCUUUAUGGCACUCCCUGACUCGCAAGCAGCUCUGGAUGAGGCACUUCGUAUUCUGAAGCCGGGUGGAACAAUUGGCAUAUUAUGCUGGGGAUCUUUUGGCUGGAUCGAUCAUGUCAAUGCAGUGGCAGCUUUAUUAGGGAAUCUUCCCCAGAUAUCUACAGAAGAAUUUAUGAGAGCUAUCGGUGAUGGAAGGUGGGAAGAUCCCACUUGGAUCGAGACGCAAUUUCGGAAUCGAGGCUUGAUCGAAGUUCAGCUUACUUCUGUUGGGAAAACUAUUUCUCAGGGGAUAUCGGAGUUCAGUACGCUGAUGAAGGUUCCGUUAGAUUUUAUUAUGUCUCGUUUCUGGACUGAGACGCAACGGCAGCAGAGCGGUGCUCGAUUUGUUCCUGCGCUGGCUCAGUAUCUGGAGGAUUUGUAUGGGAAGGGCAAUGAGAUGGAGAUUGAUUCUUUGGGUAUCAUUGCCACUGGGAGAGUGCCAUGCUGA